AAAGUUACGUCGGUGGCAGGGAUAUAACUAUAAGGGUUAAACAAAACACAAGCAUCGCAGCUCCGUGUGUGUAUGUGUUUUACGAACAUUGAUUCAACCAGGUCUCUGUUGUCAAUCAAGAUGUUGAACUUGAUUGAUAUUCCUAUGGCUAGCCCUGUUGAUCAGAGAUUCUUGGAGUUGGCCUGCGGCUUCGGUGCCACGGCCACCAGUUUAGUUGUAGCAAGCACAGUUGGGAGGCAAACCAAACAUGAUAAAUAUGGUCCAUGGAAGUCCAGUUCCAGUCGCAUUAAUAAUCAUUCAGUGAACUUCAGACCGCGUCACAUCCAGUCUCCCCUUCGCAUCCAGUCUUACCCAUUUGAUAAAAGAGGAGCCUUUGUACAUUUUAGCAGAACAGGUUCUGCUUCUGCAAUAUGUGCUGCUGCUUUUAAUUCAACGUGUGUUGCAACGCAGACCAAACCUCUUACCCGUCGCCAACAGUCCGCCACCAUAACUCUUGUUCCGCACAGAGAGAAGUCGAAGUCUCCAGUACUUGAUAAUGGGGGCCCGGGGCUUCCUCCAAAUGGUGGCGGCGGGGGUGGAGGUGGAGGUGGGGGAGACGGCUGGGAAGGAGGAUUCUUCUUUUUUAUGUUUCUUCUUUUUCUUGGUUUACUGAGGGAUAAAGAAAAAAAAGAUGAUUAUGGAAACUGAUGAAUAUGAGGUUAGAGUACCAGCUGAAAUUGUAACCUGAGGGUCACAGUUUAGUUCUUAAAACGCAUCGCAGUUGAGUUUUGUUUAUGUUUCAUUUCUGUUUGUUGUUUAUAUUAGUAAUUUGGUGUCA